CUUUGUCACAAGCGCUGAACCAGAGGUGUGGAGUGUUUUGGUUAUCCACCUCACAAGAGAAAGACACAACAUAGAAUCUGGAGGAAGACAUGCAGAGCCUUUUGGAGUUUUUCUUUUAAAACUGUUGGUUUUGAUCUGAUUUUGUUGCCAAUGCAUCAAUAGGUUCGUGUCCUUCAGGGAAACUUAGAGAAAUGCUGCAUUCAUGUUGUGUUGGAAUGAUUGGAAAAAUGAUUUUUCCAACUCGGUAAAACGCACAUGACCAUAAAAAAACAGCAACUCUUCCAGCACCACACGAAUGUAGAAAAUCUUUCAAGACAAGCCAGUUUAUCUGUAGUGCACCAUCUAUGGGUAGACUCCAAAAUGACUGGGAAAAUAAAGCAUUAAUAAAGUUAUUCAAUAUAAUUUAUUCCAGAUUAAAUAUCUUGAUGGCCUACAUGUGGCCCCCGGGUUUACCCACCCUUGAUCUAAUGCCUCAUUAAUGUCUUCACCCAGUUUUCAUUGUUUUCAACCAACAUUACGGUUUUAAACAGAACAGAAAAAGUUCAGGGAACUCCUCUAGGGAUGAAUAUCAAAGGUUAAGAUCCUUUUAUUUUAUUUAUUUAAAUAAAUCUUUAUUUGUAAGUGGUAGAUAAACAAAUAAAAACAUACAAAUGCGAUGCAAAUCCUUUACGAUAAUGCAUUUCACAUCACAGCUAGUUUCCUUUAACUGGAACAUUAUCUCAGGGUUUUGAUCCAUUCCUUUAUUUUUGUUGAUUUUUCUUCCUCAUGUUUGCUCUGAUGUUGAGUUCAGCCUCUCUUCCAGGUAAACACUGUCCUUUGUAUGAAGGCUAUCAAUUAUGAGCUAAGCUCUUUAGCGGUUUUGCUCCAGCCAAACUUAUUGAUACAACCUAAUCAUCAUGGCACACUGUAGGCGCCGUUUCCUUCUGGGGGGGUUGUUCAUUGAGCUGCUCUGGUGAAAAUAGAGAAAGAAAAAUCUGAUUGAAACUGUGAGGAUUCUUCUAUUAAAGCUUCAGUUUGAGGGAACCAUGGCUUUUUUUAUGAACCAAAUGCUGAGCAGCAAGCUGAAGACGUUUUCGGGCGGAGGCGCUGAAGGUGAUGGAGGCGCGGCGGGAAACGGGAAGGAAACGGCAGAGUCCACAGGCAUGUCCAGAGAGGAAUUUGACGAGUACCAGAGGCAGCUGGUGGAGGAAAGGAUUGAACGAGACAAAGACUUCGCCACAAAGAAAGCUGAGAGAGCAAACCUCCGAGUUGCACUGAGAGACAAAUACAGACUUCCAGAAAGCGCUCCGGACACUGCAACCGUUCAGAUGGCCGGGGAGGACAUUGACCUUCCGGAGGACCUGGCUAAGAUGGUGGAUGAAGAUGAGGAAGAAGAGGAGAGCAACGAAUCCUUCCUCAACCAGCUGCAGAGCAUGGAUUUGGAUGCACUGAAAACCAAGGCCCAGUCCACCAUGACGGAGAUGAGACAGACGGCGGAGGAGAAGUGCAGCAUCAUGUGAAACACUAAGAACCAGCAUAAAGGCUCUGAUAAAACACCUGCUUGUGGGAAACAAAGGGUUUUUUUUUCAGAUGUUUUGUGUCUUUUUUGUGUUUUUUAUUCACUUCUGGUGUUUGCAGACUUUUCAGCCUCCCAGAGCUUCAGCUGCUUUUUCAAACUGAAUAUCAUUUCAGGAAUUAUUCACAGCGCAGCUCUAUUUGUGCUUCUGUUUUUUCUUUUUGUGUAAUAAAAAGGAUGAACACUUCA